CAGCAUGUGAGGGGUACUCUGUGAGACAGUCUGUGUGUGUGUGUGAGUGUGUGAGUGUGCGCGCCGGUGUCACUGUGUGCUCUGCAGGUGCAGCAGAGAGAGAGAGCGCGAUACCUGGCGAAGACACAGGGUCCUGUCCAAGGAGAGCCCGCAGUGAGCAGAAGGCGGCUGAGCUGGGCUGAAGGAAAUACAAGACGCUGGAGAAAUGGCAGGAGACAACCCCAUCAAAAACUCCAACAGCAGCAGCGGCCUGGGGCACGGUCCUACGGCACCGACACCGCACCUACCCAACGCCACGCCAGGCCAGGACACCGCCACGGAGAAUGUGACUUUAAAGAAAGAAAUAGGCCUAGUGAGCGCUUGUGCCAUCAUUAUAGGUAACAUUAUAGGUUCCGGUAUCUUCAUUUCCCCGAAGGGUGUCCUGGAACACAGCGGGUCUGUGGGGUUGGCGUUAAUAAUCUGGGUUCUUGGUGGCGGUGUCGCCGCCCUCGGGUCUAUGUGCUAUGCAGAACUCGGAGUCGCAAUUCCGAAAUCAGGAGGUGAUUAUUCAUAUGUCACUGAGAUUUUUGGUGGGUUAACAGGAUUCCUUCUCCUGUGGAGUGCAGUUCUCAUUAUGUACCCCACCAGCCUGGCAGUCAUCGCACUGACAUUCUCCAACUACGUCCUGCAGCCGGUCUUCCCGGACUGUAUCCCACCAUACGACGCCACAAGGGCGCUCUCCCUGGUCUGUUUAUUGCUCCUCACCUGGGUGAACAGCUCCAGUGUCCGGUGGGCGACGCGGAUUCAGGACAUAUUCACCGCUGGAAAGCUCCUGGCGCUGGGGCUCAUUAUAGUGAUUGGGUUCAUGCAGAUAUUUAAAGGAAACUACGAAGAGUUAAAACCGAGUAAUGCAUUCAAUUUCUGGAUGACCCCCACGGUGGGGCAGCUAGCCCUAGCCUUCUUGCAAGGAUCUUUUGCAUUCAGCGGUUGGAACUUCCUGAAUUAUGUCACAGAAGAACUAGUUGAUCCCCGACGGAAUCUACCUCGUGCCAUAUACAUCUCCAUUCCGCUGGUGACGUUCGUCUAUACGUUCACCAACAUCGCUUACUUCACAGCCAUGACUCCUGAAGAGCUGAUGUCCUCCAAUGCCGUGGCAGUUACAUUUGGUGAAAAGCUACUGGGCUAUUUUUCCUGGAUCAUGCCAGUCUCAGUAGCACUGUCCACAUUCGGAGGGAUUAAUGGAUAUCUCUUUACCUCAUCCAGGUUAUGCUUCUCUGGAGCCCGAGAAGGCCACUUGCCCAGCUUACUGGCUAUGAUCCAUUUUAAAUACUGCACCCCAGUGCCAGCCCUGCUCGUUUGUUGCGGAGCGACAAUUAUCAUCAUGUUAGUUGGCGAUACCUACACCUUAAUAAACUACGUGUCUUUUAUUAACUACCUCUGCUACGGAGUAACAAUUAUGGGGCUAAUUGUUCUGCGCUUCAAGAAGCCCAAUAUGUUCCGGCCAAUUAAGGUGAACCUGCUGAUUCCAAUCACCUACCUGCUGUUCUGGGCCUUUCUCCUGAUAUUCAGUUUUUAUUCCGAGCCAAUAGUGUGUGGCGUAGGGCUCAUCAUUAUUUUAACGGGCGUGCCAGUCUUCUUCUUGGGAGUUUACUGGAAGAAUAAACCAAAGUGUGUAGAUAGAUUUAUUGAAACCAUGACAUUUUGUGGACAGAAAGUCUGCUACGUUGUCUAUCCACAACCCAGCCUUCCGGAGGACGACCUGGUGCACUGCAACGACGUUCCAGUGUCCGACAAUGACAAGACCGUCAAAAUGCAAUGAGCCGCUGCCCGAGUUCCAGCUUGCAUUUUGUUUACAUGCCAAUUUGUGGAGAAAAUGUACUUGAAGACCUAGCAACAUAGAGAACACAUUGAAAGGAAAGGGGUAAGGAGAACGUCCCAGAAAACAAACGCGCGGGUGACUGUUGACUUUGACAGGCGAGUAACAGAAAGGAAAAUGGACGCUUUCGUUUUGUUAUAAUGUGCUAUAAUUAACCCCUUCCCUGCCUGGGGCAAGAACACAGAGACCCCAGAACACUGUUCGCCGACAGUAAAACGCACCGCUGUAUAUUCUAACUGAGAAAACACGGUCGGCCUUCAUGUUGUAUAAAUCAAACGGGCCUUUUUUUCUCAAAUAAAAGCCUCAUUUUCAACCA